AGUGGACAUUUUGGUCUUUGUCCGCGGGUCAGUACGGCCCCUGGUUCCACGUGGCGCGAAAGUAGGAGGCAUAUCUUUAAAGUUGACGGCGACACGAGGAAUUGCCUAGUAGUAUCAAGUUUUAAAGUGACUAAACCAAAUGUGAUCCUCCAUUGAAGCAACACGACUAACUGUAUAGUGAAGGAAGUAGAAAGGAAAUCUUUCCAGAAGCCUGAGAAGAUGAUGAACGGAUAGGUGACAAGAUUUGGGAGGCAAGUUGCAUCCAUCUUAAAGUGCAGACUGAAGAAAAAACAGUGAAUAUAAGCAAAUUAGAAAAGUACUUCUGAUCUCAGACUUUGUAUCUUUUAAGGCAACACCUUUUUGAAGUUUUGAGUUUAAAAGACAUUCAGAAUUAAUUAUGAGAAAAGUUGUGUAGGAAAGAAUUAUCAUUUUAAUUAGCUUGGAAGUCCUCUGGCUUAUUCUUUAUGGUAUUAAUUCUCUUUAAGUGUAAAUCAGUGUGGAAAUGCCUUCAGUUUAAAAAGUUUGUACCCCCUCUUUUAUUAGAGCAUUCACACUGGAGAAAAACCCUAUGAGUUUAUUGAGUGUGGGGAAACUUACACUUGCAUGUCACAUCUCAUUGAAUGUAGAAGUCAUGCUGAAGAGAAAUACUGUCCUUCUAAGAAAUAUUGAAAAGCCUUUAGCUAGAUGACAAAUCUCUCUGAACAGCAAAAAAUUCAUGUUGGAGAGAAACCAGUGAAUGCAGCAAUACAUCAUUAAAUAUUAGAAAAUAUAUACUGGAGAGAACGUUUUGAAUAUAUUGAGUAUGAUAACAUUUUCUCUCAAAUCUUAUCCUUUACUUUGCAUUUGAAGGCCAUACACAGAGAAGCCUUAUAAAUGUAAGAAAUGUGGAAAUAUCUUCAGCCAAAAGUAAAUUCUCAUUCAUCAAAAAAUUCAUACUGGAAAGAAACCUUGUGAAUGUGGGCAAGCUUCCAUUCAGAUGUCACAACUCAGUCAGCAGAGAAUUUAUAGUGGGGAAAACCCCUUUGCUUGCAAGGUAUGUGGGAAAGUCUUCAGCCACAAAUCAAAUCUCACUGAGCAUGAGCAUUUUCAUACUAGAGAGAAACCCUUUGAAUGCAAUGAAUGUGGAAAAGCCUUUAGCCAAAAGCAGUAUGUCAUUAAACAUCAGAACACCCAUACUGGAGAGAAGCUUUUUGAGUGUAAUGAAUGUGGAAAAUCUUUCAGCCAGAAGGAAAACCUCCUUACCCAUCAGAAAAUUCACACUGGAGAGAAACCCUUUGAGUGUAAAGAUUGUGGGAAAGCUUUCAUUCAAAAGUCAAAUCUCAUCCGACACCAGAGAACUCACACAGGAGAGAAGCCCUUUGUGUGUAAGGAGUGUGGAAAAACCUUUAGUGGCAAAUCAAACCUUACUGAGCAUGAGAAAAUCCAUAUUGGGGAGAAACCCUUUAAAUGUAGUGAAUGUGGAACAGCUUUUGGCCAGAAGAAGUACCUCAUAAAACAUCAAAACAUUCACACUGGAGAGAAACCCUAUGAAUGUAAUGAAUGCGGAAAAGCCUUCUCUCAAAGAACAUCGCUUAUUGUACAUGUGAGAAUUCAUUCAGGGGAUAAACCUUAUGAAUGCAACGUGUGUGGAAAAGCCUUCUCUCAGAGUUCAUCUCUUACUGUUCAUGUGAGAAGCCAUACAGGUGAGAAACCCUAUGGUUGCAAUGAAUGUGGGAAAGCUUUCUCUCAAUUCUCAACCCUUGCUCUGCAUUUGAGAAUACACACAGGUAAGAAGCCUUAUCAAUGUAGUGAAUGUGGGAAAGCUUUUAGCCAGAAGUCACACCACAUUAGACACCAGAAAAUCCAUACUCAUUAAAAGUCCUGUGAACACCUUGAAAAUGGCAAAGUUUUCAUCAGGAAUUUACAACUCAAUAGUGAAUCAGAAAGAAUCACUCUGAAGUGAAAGCAUCAUGAAUGAGGUAAACUAACAAAUAUUAAAAACUUAGGGGACACGAGGGAAUUCAUACCGAAGAGAAAGACAUUUAUAUGAUAAAAAGCCUACAAAAAAACCUAUAGCAAAGGUAAUACUGAAACUUUAGACACAUUUCUACUAAAAUGGAAAUGAAACAUAACUGUUAGCCAUUGCUGUCAUCUUAGAUUGGAGAUCUUCACCACUCUAAUAAGAAAAAUAAGUUGUAAGUAUUGAAAGACAAAUACAGAUGAUUAUGAUGAACUACAAAUAAAAGAAGACUCUUGUAUUAAUUCAGAGCAGAAGAGAUUCCAGAAAGAUCUAUGCAUUUAUUAUUUGGGAUAUGAUAGAAACAGCAUCAGGUGAGGACAUAAAGGGGACUAUUUUAAAAAAUGAUUUGGAGGUGAUUUGUUCUCCAAGAGGGAGAAAAUAGACCAUGAACUAUCAACAAAAAAUCCACGGAGAUUAAAAACAGGAACAUGAGAAGGCUAUAUUCUAAAUGGUUAUUACCUUGGGAAGUAGGGACACGUUCCUGUAACAGCUUCAAAACUGCUUAGCAAUUCUGCUCAUGAGUAUGUAUGCUCAGGAAAUAUGUACCAGGAUAUUAAUCACAGCUUGGUAUGAAGUACACAGAAAUGGAACAAAAUGGAAAAUUCUUGACAGAAUACUGUAUAUCUGUCAAAUGCAACAAAUGAUAUUAACAUUUAUUAACAGAUCUGAAAAAUGUUGAAGGGGAAAUCAAGUUGCAGCAUGAAAUACAAUACAAUGAUUAUAAAUUCUAAUUAAAACUUCCUUCACAAAAUUCAGUACUAUAUACUGGUAAUGGAUACAUAUAUGUAUGUAAAUGUUUUUGAAAUGAUUUGGAAGGAUACAGAUGAUGAUGGUCACCGCUGUGUAGAGUCAAGAAGGGAAGGGAAUGAGUGUGGGAGGAGGGAGGGUAUUGGUUAAAGGGGUCUUCAGCUUUUUACAUAAAUAAUUCAUUUCUCUUUAAGAAGACUGCAAAUAUAACGAUACUAGUUGAUUCUGGAUUGUGGUAUAUGGAUAUCUUGUCUUAUCUUUUGUAUUUUUCUGUAUUUUUAAAAUUUCUCAAAAUUAAUAAGAAUGGGGAAGAGGAUGGGAACACUGUACCUGUAGAAAUCAUGUUAUAAUGGAUUCAUUCCCAGUCAAAUCCUAAGCUUUUUAUAGAAAAUAUUUCUAAAAUUUUAUCACCAAUGAGUGGAUGGACUUGCUCUCUAUGUAAUAUGAAAUUAUCUAUUUUAUUAAAAUUAAAAAGACUGCAUA